CCGUGCUGCUAGGUAAUGUUCGCAGGUGUUGUCAGGAGGAAACCUGCGCUAAGAGCCUGCUGGGAGCGGCCAUUGUGGACUACAAAUCCCAGGGUCUGUGUGAGUGAAAAGGAGACAAGGAAACAAGGAGGAGGAAUAAGGAGACAUUCCAUCACAGCACCGACCUGUGGAGUUGCAGCAGGGACGAGCCAACCAGUCGGGAUUUUUAAUUGCAGAGAAAAGCAGAGCAGCGAGGAGCACACAGGAAUGAGUCCGCUGAGAGGUUUCCCCCUGAUUCUGAUUUUCUUCCAUGUAGCAGCUGUACGUGCAGGUGAGGAUGGUGUAAAGGUGGAAAAUGUGUCGUCACAAAUCUGUCGUCAUCCGUGUGAAGAGCUGGUGGGUUUGCUCACUGAGAUCCACGGCCUGAGGAUCAUAACCAACAACCUGCUGGAAGACCUGGACAGAGUAUCUAAAGAAAAUGAGGAGAUGCGUCUCUCUUUGGCUGAGCUGAGCAGCAACAGCAGCAGCUGGAGCAACAGCAGCCGCAGCGGCCAUGGUGAUUGGCACAGAGAUGGCCGUGGUAAUGACAGCGGAGGAGGGGACAUUGAUGGCUAUGACCCUGAUGUAGACAGAGACGGGGAGGCGUGGUGUAUACAGGAUGGACGCGUGUACGAACAGGGGGAGGACUGGGAGGUGGACAGCUGCACCUUCUGUACCUGCCAGGGUGGAAAGGUGGUGUGUCAGCUGAUGUCCUGUCCUCCCGUUUCCUGUAUCAAUCCGUCUUUUAUCGAAGGAGAGUGCUGUCCAGUGUGUUUAAAUAAUGAAACUGGCUGGUCUCCUUGGUCUGAGUGGACGCACUGCUCUGCUACUUGUGGACGUGGAGGUCAACAAAGAGGCCGAUCCUGCAACAGCAUCAUGCCUUCCUGCUCUGGCCCAUCAGUCCAAACCCGCAGCUGCAUGCUGACAAAGUGUGACCGCAAGGGUCGUACUAAUGGAAACUGGGGACUUUGGUCUCCUUGGUCUGCUUGCACAACCACAUGUGGAGACGGAAACAUCACACGAGUUCGUCUCUGCAACAAUCCUCCGCCACAGAAAGGGGGAAGAGGGUGCACGGGCAGUGCCAGGGAGACACAGUCCUGCAACAACACACUCUGUCCUGUUGCAGGAGGUUGGACCAGCUGGACUGAGUGGUCUCUAUGCUCAAUAACAUGCGGCGGUGGCCUUAAAAGUCGCCAGAGGGAGUGCUCGAACCCUGCCCCUCAGAACGGAGGGAAAGCUUGUGCUGGAGACACUACAGACUAUGAAGCAUGUAACAGACAACCCUGUCCUAUAGAUAUUUGUCUGCAGUCAAAUCCAUGUUUUCCUGGAGUGAAGUGCACAUCAUAUGAGGAUGGAUCUUGGGAAUGUGGACACUGUCCGCUGGGUUUAAGGGGAAAUGGGACUCACUGUGAAGAUGAGAAUGAGUGUGAGGUGGAGGGUGUAUGUGUGACAGAGUGUGUAAACACAGACCCCGGGUUCUACUGUAUGCCCUGUCCUCCUCGUUAUAAAGGCACCCAGCCGUACGGCCUCGGACUACAGGAGGCCCACAAAAUUAAGCAGGUGUGUGAACCAUAUAACCCCUGCAAAGACAAAUCACACACCUGCCACAGGUUUGCUGAUUGCGAGUACUUGGGCCUGGCGUCUGAGGUUUUGUACAAGUGUGUUUGCGCUGUCGGGUUCGCAGGUGACGGCUUCCUGUGCGGCGAAGACUCAGAUCUGGACGGAUGGCCCAACAAGAAGCUGAUCUGCAAGGAGAAUGCAACAUAUCACUGUCAAGAGGAUAAUUGCCCAAUGCUGCCAAACUCCGGGCAGGAAGACUUCGAUAAGGAUGGACAGGGGGACGCCUGUGAUCCUGAUGAUGACAACGACGACAUUAGAGACGAGAGGGACAACUGCCCGCUGGUAUACAACCCUCGGCAGUUUGACUCUGACAGAGACGGGAUAGGAGACCGCUGUGAUAACUGCCCGUUUGAAAGCAACCCACUGCAGACAGACACUGAUGGGAACGGAGAGGGGGACGCCUGCAGCAUCGACAUCGACGGAGACGAUGUUCUGAACGACCGAGACAACUGUCCUUUAGUCUACAACACUGACCAGAGGGACACUGACCUAGAUGGUGUCGGAGACCAGUGUGACAACUGUCCACUUCUGCACAACCCACUACAGUGGGACUCUGACAACGACCUGGUGGGCGACAUGUGUGACAACAACGAGGACAUCGAUGAGGACGGACACCAGAACUCUCUAGACAACUGUCCCUACAUCGCCAAUAGCAACCAGGCUGACCAUGACAAUGACGGGAAGGGAGACGCCUGCGACCAUGAUGAUGACAACGAUGGUAUCCCAGACGACAGGGACAACUGCAGACUGGUGCCAAACAAGGACCAGCUGGACUCUAAUGGUAUUGGUAGCGGGGAUGCAUGCUUCGACGACUUUGACAAUGACAGUAUUCCAGAUGCGUUGGAUCCCUGUCCGCUCAACCAGGAUAUCAGCUCUACAGACUUCAGGAAGUAUCAGGUUGUGUUGUUGGACCCUAAAGGCACCACACAGUCUGAUCCUCUCUGGGUGAUCCGCAGCCAAGGCACCGAGCUGCUGCAGACUGCCAACUCGGACCCAGGCAUUGCUUUAGGAUAUGACAGGUUCAGUGCUGUAGACUUCAGUGUGACAUUUUAUGUAAAUACAAAUCGAGAUGAUGACUACGCAGGCAUCGUGUUCGCCUACCAGUCCAGUAGACGCUUCUAUGUUGUCAUGUGGAAACAGGUGUCUCAGGCGUACUGGGAGAAAAAGCCGUCCAAAGCUUUUGGCACAGCGGGAGUCUCCAUCAAACUGGUCAACUCCACCACAGGACCGGGGGAGUAUCUACGUAAUGCUCUGUGGCACACCGGAAACACCAGGCACCAGGUCAGAACUUUGUGGCAUGACCCCAAUAAAAUCGGCUGGAAGGACUACACAGCUUACCGAAUGCACCUCACCCACCGACCCAAAACUGGUUUCAUCAGGGUAGUGGUGUACGAGGGCAGGAACAUUUUAUCAGACUCGGGGGCGGUGUAUGACCACACACUGGCUGGAGGCAGACUGGGACUGUUCGUCUUUUCUCAGGAACACGUAAUCUUCUCAGACCUUAGAUACGAGUGCAGAGACACCUGAAGAACCCUCCAGAGAACCACAUACAAAAAAUUUUUUAUCAAAUCUAAGAAAGAGAAAAAGGGAGAAUAUGCACAAGACCUGGACUGUCAACCUGCCAAGACUAUCAAUAAGUGCCCUUCAUCUAUCGAACAGCUUUUACGCAACAACAUUGAUUUCCAGCUUGUCUCAUUCGCUUUUAAUUGCAAGACUCAGAGUGCAUUUCUAGUGACAGUUACCCCUCGCUACUUUCAUUUGAUUUUCUUUUAAUGGUUGUAAAUAAUUAUUUAUUGCCAGAUGCCAACGGGAGAGACAGCAGGAUGAAUUAAUGAUGGAGUAAAUAGAGAUUUGUGCAGAUGUCUGGUGGUAACUUAUCAAUAAAAUACUGUUUUUGUCA